AAAUUUCUAGCACUUCCGUUCUUAGCGGUUUCGCUUCCUUUUCAGGGGAGGCUCUAAAAGUAGGUGGACGCGCGCAGGAUAUCGAUCGAGGAACUCUCCGUCCUUGCCCCCUCCUUUUAGUCUCAUUCAACCCGUGCACCGUCGUUGAGUAUGCCGCCGAGAGGUGAACUCUCUCGAACAUUAGUUGAGGAACUUUUGCAGUCGAGGAAAAGCUACCCAAUGAACAACUCCUAUUGGCGUAAACAUCCCGAAAUAAAGUCGCGAUUAUUUCUCUUUUUACGUCGCUUUAGCUUAUCAAUGGUCCCCAAUUUUUCUCACCUCGUGGCUGUAAAAUCAAUCGCUUGAGUGGACUGAAAUCGCUGUAUGAGUGAAGUUUUGAGGUUACUCACGUUCUUCAUCUCAGCAACAGGAAUUAUUUUAAUAUCGACGGACAACAAAGUGCAAGUGAACAAGCACAGAUAUAUCCGUGCUCUACAUGUACCUACUCAUUCUUUCAAAGUGAGUUCGUUAUCCGCUGCGUGUUAAUAUUUACUUGAUUACCUUUGGUAACAGUUUUCAUAGAGCAAUGACUGACGAACAAAUAUCCAAACUGAAAGUUUUGCUGGAUAGGAUUACAAACAAUGAUAACUCGUAUCGAGCAUUUUAUUCCUACUAGUUGCAUCCGCAGAAGUAACGAAGUUGGACGGAUGGAGGUGGUAAGCUGGUGACGUUACGCUGCGAGUAAGAGACACGGGGCAACACAUGCGGCAGGAUUGCUGCUCCGGACUAACAAGAGGAGUUUGUCAUUAAACGAGGGAAUUAUAGUGGGAAAAGAGUGCAAUACGCUCAUACGUCCGACAAUUUGGCGCACGAAGAAAGCAGCUAGCUUCUCUCGUGCCGUAAGAAAAUUUCAGGAUUGACGCGCGGCUAAUCCUGCCCAGAGUUACCACUUGCUCCGCCACCAAUCCCACCUCACGGCAUCAGUUGAGCACUGGGAGAGUAUGGAUGGCGACAAACAUGUCAGUAAUAAUGAAUCAAUUUUACUGACAAAUCUCCAGUCUUCUGACCUUGUUUCAGAUGACGAAAUUGUGCAAGUGAACGACUUUCGAAGGAUAGAAAGAGUGGAUGAUAUAGAACCUACAAGCGGUGCUUAUUACAACUCUGGUUUUCAAUCCGAAAAUCACCAAUUCUUAAGGGACAGAGUAAGACACUUGGCACAAAAUUUAUCCGAACGAGCUUUGCGCAUCAAGCGACGUUUUGAUUUUCCACCCACGCCCUCGACGGUCAGUAGCGAUCCCGACGAUGGAAGCAGCGUGCGUCCGUUUUCCUCACCGCAGGACAGAAGGGCUCAACUGGUUCAGUGGAUGUCCAGAGAUAUGGCUGCCAGCACAGGAACGAUCUAUUCUUCCCUCCGGACAACAAUUUCAAGUCAUGUUUUUGUUAUUGAGCCCCAAAGUUAUUGGUACAUUGGGUGGCUGUGCCUCGUGACAGUUGGGUACUUAUACAAUUCUUGGGUAAUCCCUUUGAGGAACACUUUUCCAUAUCAGACUGGAGAUAAUCUGCUGACAUGGAUAGGAAUCGACUACAUCAUGGAUGCCCUAUAUUUUGUCGACGUUGUUUUCGUCAAACCCCGAAUGAUGUACCUCGAGGAUGGUUUUUGGGUUCGAGACCCUCAACUCACUCGAAAAAACUACUUCAGAAAGUCUCAAUUCAAAAUGGAUGUACUGUCAUUAAUGCCUUUGGAUCUGCUGUAUUUGAAGUAUGGUGCACACUUGUCAUACUUAAGAUUACCUCGACUAAUUAAGAUCCAAACGUUUUGGGAAUUUUUUAACCACUUCGACAGCGUUCUUUCCUCCCCUUACAUUGUGCGGGUGGCUCGAACUUUAACAUACAUGGUGUAUCUGGUGCAUCUGAACGCGUGCGCUUAUUACGCGAUGUCAGUCCACGAAGGUCUUGGCAUCAACAGCUGGGUGUACAACGGCAUUGGAAAUGCGUAUAUCCGAUGUUUUUAUUUUGCCACAAAAACUGCAACUUCCAUCGGGAAAAAUCCACGGCCAGAAAAUGAACAAGAAUACAUUUUCAUGACAGUUAGUUGGCUCAUGGGAGUAUUUGUCUUUGCUGUUCUCAUCGGUCAGAUACGAGACAUUAUAGCCACAGCAACCCGCUCCCAAACGGAGUAUAGAAAGCUUCAAGACGAAACUUUAGCUUAUUUACGCCGGCUCAACGUUCCACCGCGAGUCAGAGAGAGGGUCAAGCAAUGGUUCUCCUUCACCUGGGAACAACAACGCACCCUAGAUGAAGGCCGAAUACUGGAUACGUUACCGCACAAAAUGAAAACUGAUGUGGCAAUUAACGUUCACAUCCAGACUUUGAGCAAAGUUCAACUCUUCCAUGACUGCGAUGAAGCUUUACUGAGAGAGCUUGUGCUUAAGCUGAGACCUGUUUUAUAUUUACCAGGAGACUACAUCUGCAGGAAGGGAGAGGUCGGCAAAGAGAUGUACAUCGUGAAGACUGGACAAGUACAAGUAGUAACGGGAGAAGAGGAGGUUCUGGCAACAUUGACUGAGGGUUCAGUUUUUGGUGAAAUAAGUCUAUUGGCCCUGGCAGGCACCAAUCGCCGCACAGCAGACGUUCGGUCCCACGGAUUCUCAAAUUUAUUUGUUUUGAGCAAGGAUGACCUGAAUGAAGCGAUUGAGUACUAUCCCAACGCACAAGAAAUAUUGAAGAAAAAAGCGAGACAACUAAUACGUCAGAAUGCUGUCCGAGAGCAGGAGGAGGUAUACAAGACCAAAGCAAAUGAUCACAGCAGAGAUGCUGCAACGAAGAGCGAUUCAGAUGACUCGUCCGAGCGGGAGACGUUAUGUUUCCUGCGUUACGGAGCUGGAAGCCGCUCUAGGUCGCAUGGAGGUUGGGAGGAUAUGAGUGAACUUUACCGUCAGUCUUUCGACAAGCAAUGUGCGCGAAGAUGUUAUUCUGUGGGUUAUGACAGCAGUCCUCCAGUACGAUGCAUUAAUUACCAAGAGGCGUGAUACUGAGAUACACCCCGGUAAUGAUUUAUGAUGGCGACGAUGUAUUGAAGCCGAAUUCAAACUGGAGAUCAUCUUCGUCCUCAUUCACAUAACAUUCCGCCGGAGGGCCUUUUCUCCAUGGGACGUUCCAUGGGAGUUGUCCCAGAGAAAAAUCUCGCUUGCAAAGGUGGGAAACAUAUUGAGUUAGUCAAUACUACUUCUUGUAGAGUCCUGGGAGCAACUUGGAGCGAAGAAGAACAUUUGGUUGUUAUGUUCAACGGGGAGAAAGCCCAGAGGUGUCUAUCCUGCGAUUCGAACUUGGGGCAAAUCCCAUUAAACGUCGCGUAGAGACAAGGCCGAGGGAAUACUUAUCAAAUCCAUAGCGAUGAAUUUUUCCCGUCAAGGAUUACCUACUGAACAAACUAGAAAGCUCAGAAAUGCGACAUAAGAAUGGUGAAUACUGUAAAUGCUUGUUCAUCUAUUUACGACGUCGAUAACUAUCAACCAUGAAAUAAAGGAAUGAAAUAAAAUGAA